AGCACAGCCUUCCUUAUUCCCAGAUGGAGAGAUCACUGGUCUGCCCCUCUUAGCUGUGACUUCUAUCUGGACAUGCUAAGUGCUACAUGUAUGGGGAUUUACAGGGCUGGAUCCUAAGGACUAAUUGCAACUUAAAGUGGAGGCGACUGAAUGACAGGCCUGCAUUAAGUAAAUGCUUAGUGCACCCAGACAAUGUCUGCAUUGUACAGUUGUCUGAAAGUGACACUAUCAUGGCUACAAAGACAACAGAAGGAAUACAGAAUUUAGAGACAGAAGAGCUCCAUGAAGAGUGUUCAGCUACAGCGAAAAAGAAGUCAAAAUUUAAGGCCUUCAAAAAGUUUUUUGUGAAAAACAAGGACAGACGGAAAGAAGUACCUGUUCUCUUAAGGGAGAACAUUUUAAAACCCAGCCAAUCCAGCAGUGAUGUCAGCAUAACAGGAGCCAGUUCCAGCAUCCUUCAUUCAGCACAAGAUGCAGGGACAAAGAGCAAUAUGGGAAAUAAGGCCUUAUCGCAUGACAGUGUGUUUAUUGCUGAGGCAGAAAAUGCUCCCAAAGAGCCGUCGUUACAUGAAAAUGCCCCAGGGAAAGUAAAGGCAUUACAGCUACAGCUUCAGCAGAAUAUCAGGAUGCGGUCAUCUCCUAAGAUCAUUGCUCGUAAGAAAAUAGAAGAUUCUGGAACACUUUCAGAGGAUGACGGGUUACCCAGAAGUCCUCCAGAAAUGACAACUUUACAUGAAAUUUUGUCUCACCCUUCAGAAAAGUCUUCCAACCUUGGACAGAGACGGAGUUCUUUGAGUUUAGGAGGGACUGACAGUGAAGAUGAGCAGCCAAUCAGUCCACUGCAAUUCAGUGGGGUUUCUCGUCCCAACACACCAGCAAACUUAUUGCUUCCAGUGGACUUUUCAUCUCCUGCCAGUCCCUUGGUCUGCCUGGAUAAUUCAGCAGCAAAGCACAGGAUUGCAGUGAAGCCAAAGAAGCAAAGAGGACCUGCUCUGAAACUGAAGCAAACUGAUGAAGAGCAAUGUAAAGACACAGUAAAAACUGAUGAAGAUGUGACCAAAAAAGAAGACAAAAGCAAAGAAGAUGCAGUGGUACAGUCACUUGAACUGGAUGUGACUGUCCAAGUUGAAUCAGAAAUAGAAGAGAUAAAGGAGGACCACGGAGAAUAUACUCCACCUGUUGUUUCUGUUACUCUUAUUCCUGAAGAUGAACAAUGUAUUCCGCAAGAUGAAUUAACCUGUGGAGAGACCGAUGUUGAUAUCCAUAGUAAUCUGGUACCUUCUGAAGACCAAGCAGAGGAUCACUGUAAAGAAACAGACAAGCAAGCACAGAAUUCUCCAUGCUCUGACCCUGAAGUGUUUCUUCAUUUAUAUGUGCAGAGUAAUAUCACAGCAGUUUGUGAUAACCCAGAGAUUUUAAAUAAUACCAACAUUGAGACUUCAGAUAUUGUUGAAAGUGACAUACAAUGUGACUCCACAAAUAUUUCCCAAGAAAAUGACGAGUGCACUGAGACAAUUUCAUUGGUGGAAACCAUUGGUGCUGAAGUUAAAGAUGAUGAGCAGGGAGAAUGCUCUGAUCUGGAUAUUUUCUUGUUAGCAACUGAAGAUGAAGCACAAAUUAAUAUGGAAAGCACUUUAAUUGUUGAGGACUUGAAUUUACCAGCUGCUGACCUGUUGCCUGAUACUUUAGCUACUGAUGCCUGUAACAGUAACAAAGCUGCAGAAACAGAAGAUGAGACCUCUCCAAGUAUUACAAUGAGUGAAACUCUAGACACUGCAACAAAGGACAUGGCAACUAUGUUUGAAACUGAAAUAUCUUUAGCUGAAGAGGAAGACAAGUGUAUAACAACAGACAAGGCUAUGUUCAACCUUAAUGCACAGCAUACAGUGCUGGAAGCUGAAAAUGCAGGCCAAACAAUAUUGGAAGAGGACAACAGAAUUAAUCAGACUUCAUAUGAAUGUGAAGAAGAAAGUUUGCCUCUAGACUCCCCAGAAAAAGUGUUUACUGAUGGUAAGCCAAAUGCAAGACAUUCAGAAAGUCCCCAAAAAACCUCUACAAAGCCAGUUCUGUUCACUGUAGUCCCAGCAUGGCAAAGAUCCCUCUCUGUGGGAUCUACUGUGAAAGACAGCAGCUUUUUCAGGAAUAUUAAUGUGCACAACAUUAAGACAGAGCUGUUUGUUGGAAGUGCAAGUGUCCCAGAUUCGUUUAGCUCAGAGGAAUCAAAAAAGGAAAAUGUUCAGAUGAUCAAAUCAAUUGAAGCUGAAGCAGCAGUCCCCUUUGGGGUCCGGCUGAGAAGGACAACAUCCUCUUUAAAAUACAAUGAAGAGGAACAAGUUGGUGAAUCAAUACAACAGAGUUUAUGUUCUUCUGAACCAACAUUAGUUGUAAGUCAGAAUAUACAAAAUCCUGCAAAGAAAACCGAGACACUAUCAGACAUGAGCGUAUCUAAGCUAUCCCAAGCCAGCGAGGACAGAUGGCAACAAAAGACAAAACCUGAGGAUCUUUCACAGAGACAGAACUCUGAACCAGCCUGGAUCUCAAUGGCAAAACAGAAACAGAAAGGAUUCCAGGAUCAUGUCCUUGCUAGAGAGCAGAGCAUGGAAACAGAAGAGAUGAGUGAACUUUUAGUAAGAAGAAAUGUCACUUCUCUGCAAAGCCCAGAACUGAAGGAGAAUAAUAUAGAGCCUGUCUCUUCUGAUAUUGCAGUAUUAGCAGAUGUCCGACUGGAUCUUGAAAAGUCCACUUCACCUACUGGAUCCCAGACUUCUCAGGAACCUCCUUGGUUGUCUCUGGCCAAGAAAAAGGCGAAGGCAUGGAGCGAGAUGCCUCAGAUAGUGCAGUAGCAGUUCCCCCCAAGAUGCACACAUGCUUCGUCAGACCAGUUGUUUCACUGUGAAUACGGGCAGCCAUAUAAAGCCUGCAAUGUCUAUAGUAUGCCAAGUACUGAGCUGCUCUUCAUAUGAUGCUAGACUUUCUUUCUUAUGUUUCUUGUAGGAAACACAAUAUGGAAAUCAGGGAUGUCAAACUAGCAGCCCUCCUGCUGUGGGGGAACUGCAAUGUCAUACACCUGAGUCUCUUUGGCUGUAGUUGAGCAACUGCUGAAUGGCUGCAGGUGGACUUUCCUUGAGGCAAAUGCUCUCACUUUCUAGUAAAAAUAAUACCAGUAUCACAGUAUACUUUGUUUUAAUUUUUAAUUUUAGUAACAAGGACUAUUACAAAUUUUUAAAGGAAGUUAUCUAAAAUGAGUAUUUAUAAGAACAUGCAAGAAUUGUAUAGGUCAGUAGUGUCAAUUACUCCCAGCAUCCUCAGCAAGUUCACUGCUCAAAAGGUUGUGAUGAUUCCUAAUGGUGCUUUGCAGGUCCUUCUGGUAGUGAGUGACAUUAAUUAUUAAAUUAAAAACAUAAAACAGAAUUGAUGCUGCAAUGUCUUGGAUACCUGCCUUAACCCCCCAGACCCCCCACCCCGUGGGAUUUCAAUGCACUAUUAAGUAUUUCUGGGACUAAUUCGAGCCAAUUUACGAUAUCAAUAUUUUUAUGUUUGUGAGUCCAUGUAAGAAAAUAUAUAAGACAUAGCUUUUCUUUGCAAAAACAAUUGUUUUAGCAGUAUUGGGAGCUCAUAUCCUGCAGUCAGAAGGUUAUACUUUAAUGACAUAUAUAUACUGAAGGUACCAAAGAAGAGAGCACAAGUUAUUCUAUCUGCCAGUUGCAAAGGAAAGCAUACGAUUUUUGUAAGUGCAAUUGCUAUCAUCUUAAUUCCCUAAAUAUGUUCUGUUUUCUUUUAUCUAACAGUAUUCUGUGUUAAUCCAUCAUAAUAUAUUCUUGUUUAAGCACACUAUCCAUAAAAGGAGAAAACUUCAGUUGCACAGAGUAGAGACGUAUAACUAAUGUAUAAGCACUCCACAGUUAUAAGAAAGUUUUGUGCUUAAAAUCAAAUGGUAUAUUGUAAACUUCCACUCUGGGUAGCAUUGGUCUUGUUAGAGCGUGCACGAUUUCAUAAUAGACCAUAUACAGUUGCAGGGGACAGAAAUGUGUUAGUGUGAAUGUCUGUGUUUACAGUACAAUAUAUGAAUUUGGUCCCUAUUAGUUACAGAAAAUUGUGUUUUCUGCUUGAUCAGAUAGACUACAAUAUUGGUGUUCUUUUUCCUGGUGCUUUAACUGCCUUUUAUUUUGUUGGGUGGUGCAUCAAACUAUCACCCUUGAGUGUUUGUUGUUAGUACCCUGAAUUUGAGGACCAUCUCUGGAGUUCUUUGCCUAUUUCUAAGAGAAAAGAACAAAUAAGAUUGCUCAAAAUGAACAUUAGCAUAGAGCAGAUUAAUGCCAAUGCUGCCAUCAGAAUGGUGAGCAAACAAGUUUUACUCUAGAUCAAACUGAGCCUGUUUUUCUAAGGGAACUUUGUCAGAACAUCACUUUUCUGUAGUAUUUUCAUGUAUUCAGCAACUAGUACUGGUCACACAAGUGUUAAAUGAAUUUUACAUGUUAGUUUGUCACAUAACCCACCUAGGGAACCACAAGAAGAGAAAGCUUGUGUCCAGUGUUGGACUGGGACAUCAGGGGCCCACCCAAAAACCUUAGACCAGGGGCCCACCAAAAAACCAUAGACCAGGG